CGUAAAAUAACUGAAAUCUCAGAAUAAAAAGUAUUUAUUUUGGGCAUACAAAUCUUAUGGAAACAAUUAUAUACACUUGUGAUAAAAGUAGUAGAGUACAGCUGUGGAAGGCGGGAUUAAGAUUUUCCAAAAUUUCAUAAAAUUUUAUUCCUGGAAUAAGAGAUAUGGUACAAAUGCACGAAAUCAAAUUACAAAAUCUUGUUCAACUACUAAUACGAACAGAGAACGAACAUUGCAGUACAUACUGCUAUUUCUCUAUAUUCUACUAGCGUUUGUACAAAAAUCUAAGCAAAUUGACGGUUUAACGUGACGUUCAACAGACGAAGUUCCAAUAAUAAAAAUCUUCCGAUAGACCAUUUUGAUGUUCAACGACGCACAUAUACGUACACAUACACAUCACAGGUCACAUCACGAAACUAGUUUAACGUUCGAAAGAACCGUUGAGAUAUAGGUGUUUAAUAUUGCGUCAGAUGUUGAAGAGAUCGUAAACGUGUGAACAGAGCUUUAAUCAAUCAAGAUAAAGCUGAAUAAGAUGUGGCGUUCUUUAAAAAUUUGUACGCUGCUGAACAUUUUAACAAAUACGUUUUGAAGCUUUGCAAUUUCCACUCUGAUCUAUUCCAGUUUAUUAAAAAUUUAUAGGGCUACGAGAUAAGAUUGAAAAAUAAUAUAUCUGACUACAAGUCAAACGGAGUCCCAAUUUCCAAGAAUAUUCCGCGAGUCCGCGCGGAUUUAUCGCGAGACGCGCGAGUGCUGGCCUACACUGCGCUACUAAUUCGAUGUUCAAACGCAUCAUUCAAAAAACGCAUUCGGUAGCGCAUAAGAUAAUGCGGGGAGUGUGAACGGGGCCUAAACGGUGGAGCAAACGCGUCGCGUCGGGCGGGCGGACAGGCGGGCAGACAGGCAGACAGACAGAAGCUGGAGCACCUGUCUGUCCCUCCACUCUUCGGUACGGUAAAGAGGGGCCCGGCACUGGAUACACACCUCGUGCCGUGGUUCAGUACUCAGUACCUCGUGCACGCUCACGCUGAUAAGACCUUAUUCUAAUCACACGUCACCUGGCAUCGAUAUAGUCGUGCGCGGACUUUUUACGCAAUUUCUCACGCUCCAUCUGACGCAAUUGCUUCGGUCCUUCGGUCUUUCGGUCCUUCGAUCAACCACGUAUUCGCGCGCAUUUUGUCCCGACUGGUCUCGUCUUUCUUUCACUCUCUGUCUCUUUUUCUUCCUUCCUCUUUACCUCGUCCGUUUCGCGUGUAUGAAACUGACGCAGCUGGUGGCACCUCGAUGCAGCGGAUCGCGCGGCCCGAUCCAGGAAUUUUCCCGGAUCUUUGGAUCGGUCGAUCGAACACGUCAGCUCGCCCCUAACUCUCUCUUUGCUGCAUCGAACGCAUACGUAAUUACCUUGGCUCGCGCGAUUAUAUCCGCGCGAUCCCUCGAUAGUCACGUACGAUUUGUUCGUAUCACGCUGGAUACGUGCUCACUGCUCAGCCACGGGAUGUACCGCAGUAACUCAGCCACAUCCCGUGUUCCGAUGUACGAUUCGAUGCCGGCAAAGAUACCGCAAAAGAAUCGUGAUUCGUCGAUUUCCGUACCGAUUUGCUUCUCGUGUUGGCAGCUUGGAACCGCGGCAACUGGCUUCCGCGGCGAUGGAUCGGCAAUCGAUUCCGUUCCUUGUAUCGUUUAGUCCGCUUCCGACGUUCGACUACUAACGUUGCUGGCGCUCGGUCGCGCGCGUAUGCUACCAAUCGGCCACGUGUUUUCUCCUACUCGUGCCACAAACAACGUUCGAUCGUGGAUAAAACGUACAGUGUGUUUCUAACGAUUCGCUUCUUGCCAUUGCGUGUAAAUGUGACACUGUUAGACGUCACUGAGGAAGGCUGUUGCACUGGAUCUGCCGAAGGUCGAAUAUCGACACCGGACGCGGACAGCAGAAAUUAGGUGAACCGCUCGAGACAGACUUUUUGUUUUUCUCGCCGUGCUCGCGUAGAGAUCGUGUAAGUUGACGUGUACAGAGAAAAAGAACUUGGUCCGCAGUCCGCAACAAGAAUUCCGAUGUUACGUAACGGAGAAAUAGAAUGAACGAGCGCUCAACGGGUGACGCUCUUUUUGUGAACUCGAUAAAUACCACGUGUCGGAUCGUUGACAUUGAGGAACAGAUUUUGUGUGAAGUUUAUGAUUAAGUUCGACCAGAGAGUACGAGUUCCUCGAAUAGGAAAGGCCGGAGAAUCGUUUAGUGAAAGCGAGAGCGGCGCUAAGUGUUUGUGAAAUCGUGAAACUGCGACACCACGUGUGUGACAUCUAUUACUUGACUUGUGAUAGGUGGAUCGUAAAAUUUACCGUUUCCAUUCUGCUAUGACUAGAACGACGAGAUUUCUCGACACACUGGUGCGGUUUUCAUAGAAAAUCUUGUGAUAUUGGCCGAUAUAGGGAGGGCAUUACGCUUCCUUUUCAAUGCAAUUUGUUGGAUUAAUGGCAAGUUGUACGUUCUAUAGAAAAUUGACAUCGGCAGGGAAUGUUAACACGGUGUAAGAAGAAGAGGAAGAAGAAGCAGGCAUCCAGGAAAAUUUAUUUCAAUGCGGAACACACGAACCAGUACUGCUUGUACGCACGGCUGACCUCGAUAGGGCUUUCGCUCGUGUCUAAGGAAGAAUGAAAAGGAAACGAAGGAGCCGAAGAAAACGAGAACUGGUGCGUGCCGUAGCUGAUCCUGCAGCAGUCGCGCGUUUGCGAAGCGCGGCGUGAAAAAAACCGAGAAAGAAAGAGGAGACCGAGUUUCCGUUAGCAAGACGAGGAGGGAAACUAAGAUCGGAUCGAAGGGAAAGAGACGGGACAAGGGUGGAAGAGACGUCGGAAGAAAGCGCGGUGGAAAGCAGAAGAAGGCAAAGGAAGACCGUGUAAAAUAUAAGGUAAGAGAAGCAAAUAGGCCGGAACGGGACGAGAGAGAAACGAUCGGAGCAGGAUCGGGAACCGACGACGAGCGCAGCGACAAGGAAGACGAGGUGGAGGAAUCGUGACACGGGCGCGUGUGCAACAGGCGAUUUCUGAGCGAUUUAUCUUGCCAGGUUUGCAGGUGUUCGCGUGCGUCCUUCGUGGCCUUGUUAACGGGCUUCCUCUUUCUCUAGCCCGCCCCGGAUAGGCUUUUAUCGUUCCUCUACCGGCGACCUUCCAAAGACACACCGUGCCGUGAAAUAAUAGCACGGUUCAAAAUAGACGGAAAUCAGAGGUCAGAUUCGAGAAGCGGGAAAGGAAGAGGAAUAGAGAGCGAAAGAGCGAUGUUGCUAAUCGCAAGAGGCGAGUGACGUCUCCGUGGAAUUCCAGGGAAUCGGAGGAAAGCGCGGUGACGUACGAACUGGUGCGAAAGAGGAAGGAUCGGAGAAAGAACGAGGGAAGAAAGGGUGAGGAAGAGGAGGAGGAGGAGGAGGUGGAGGAGGUGGUGGAGGAAGAAGAAGAGGAGGAGGAGGAGGAAGAAGAAGAAGAAGAAGAAGAAGAAGAAGAAGAGGAAGGAGAAGUUGGGGCAAAAGAGGUAUUACGAAAAAAGGCGAGGACAAGAAAGAAGGAAUACAAGGAGAGACGGAAAGAGACAGGAGAGUAAACGCAGUGAAAGAAGGAAAGGAAGGUGAGGAAGGCGGCGAAAAGAAAGAGCACAGGUAGACAGGUAGAAGGUAAGAGGGAGAUAGGAGCGAAGUAAGCGAAGGAAUAAGAGGCGGUAUAAGGGAAGAGAAGGAGGGGAGUAGCGCGAAAGAAGAGAGGGAGAAGAAGAGGCGCGUGGUGGUCGUGAUGGUGAGGUAGUGGACGAGAGCGAGCGAGCAUCCAGAUCUGUCGCGUGCUGCGUCGCUCUGGGAUGGGACGGAAUCGGGACGACACGGUACGAAGCGGAACGGGACGAAACGGGACGACGGCUACUACUACAACUACGAGGACGGGAUGGGAUGGAUGCUGCGGGCCCGUGUGAGUAGCGAGUCGAGUCGAUCCCCGCGCGCUGGUAUUGGUUUCACUCUCGGCUGCUGCCGGCCCGUGUGCUGGUGUGUCGAUCUCUCUACGAGAGCGAACCGAGGAGCGUGCCCGAACCGAGCCGGAGAAGAGAACCGCGCCACUCGUUCAGUAGUUUCUCGGACGCCGCACCGCCACCAUCCGACCUGCCAGAUAACCCCGUCGACUUUACCGGACUACCCCCGACCUCCUAAUAAUAACGACACGAACCACGACAUCGCGCGACAAACGUUCGAUCGUUCGGUUUGACGAAUCGCCGACCAUCCGAAUCAAACAGAGCGACGAUUCAUCCGUUUUCAACCGUCACCAAAUUUUCCAAUCAACUUUGGUGUUUACCGUGAUCGUCGUCGUCGUCGUCGUCGUCGUCGUCGUCGUCGUCGUCAUCGUCGUCGUCGUUGUCGUGGUCGUUCGCCGCAUCUCGCCUCUCCCGAUGUGAGUCGUGAAUCGUAAGACAGAAAAAUCGGCGAGUAGCGCACGCGGUGGUGGAAAAUCGUGGUGGAUCCUUGGAACGACGAUCGGUCACGAGGGAUUCGAAAGUUAUCGCGACUCAUGGUCGCGCGGCAACUCUCCACUGGCGGAUCCACUUUGGCUUUUUCGUUUUCGUCGCUUUAAGUUCGCGUAAAGUAACCGGUGUGGCGUGGUCCAGUGUCACACGCACGGAGGUCGUUAGCUGUUUUCCUUUAACCCUCGCGUCGCUUUUUGCGCACAUCGCGUUCCGUUCGAUUGUUUGUCAGUAAACCGGGAAGUAGAAGAAUCGCGGUGUGAUAGCGGGUCUUGCCAGGUGUUUGCUCGCGGUGCGUGCGACGAACGUGCGUGCUCGUGGCGAACAACGCGACACGUAUCGGUCGUGCUGUUACUCGUGUGUAGUGUGCACGAGCCAACUUUCGCGAACGUAAUUAUACGUUGCACCGAUUCUUCGGAGUGGUGAGAAGCAGAAGAAGAAGCAGCAGAAGAAGAAGAAGAAGAAGAAGGAGGAGGAGUAGGAGGAGGAGGAGGAAGAGAAGGAGUAGAAGAAGAGGAAAGGGAAGAAGAAAGGGGAGAAGAAAAAAAAGUAGUAUCUAGUAGCGAUGACGUUACCGGUGAUAUCUCAUUCCUGACCGAAAGAAGAGUAUUUCGCGAGAAAGAAGUACGCGCGUGAUUACGACCCUUGGCGACUCCGGAAGGAUACGCUCUCCCACGGCAGCCAGGGGGAGGGAGAGCCGUCGAGCGAAAGAGAAACGGUGAUAUAGAGGAAGACAGAGAAAGAGGGGGAGGAGGAGGAGGAGGAGGAGGAGGAGGAGGUGGUGGUGGAGCUGUGGUAGAGAGGGAGGAAGAAAGAGAGAGAGAAACCCGUUAAGGCGGUACGAGUAACGUGUCGGUGGAAGUUCUUGCGAUUGAUAGAGGGACUAAGAGAGAGGGAUAGAGCCAAGUCGACGAAGGUAAUCGGUAGCAUCAACCUGCGUGCCUCGACAAAACCGAUUAAAGACGAGCGAGCAACGAUCCUUUCGCCUGCUUUGUCGCUAAUUCAGCGUCGUCGUUCGCCUUUUCGUUCGGUUACCGGCUGCACGACCGAUCUUCAGCCAGGAUCAUUCGCAGUGUAACGAGUACCCUCGGCGAUAUCGGGCACAGGAAGCCUCGACGAUCUAGUCGGUCGUUUGCAUUCAGGAUCCAUCGCACGUCGCCUCGAUGCUACCUCGUAAACCAAUUCCGUGGUUCCCUAUCUUCGCGAACAAGCCGUUCUGACUGGCGCGCGUCGUCGAUCUUCUGGUUCGCGUUGACGAGCGACACGGAUCGUCCGUCGACGAGAUCGAGUCCUCGUCGAUCGGCUCGUGGAGGAUCGGUGUUGGCCGCGGUAGAAUCGCAGCCACGGGGGUCCGCAAUAAUGCGAGAGUAUCGGAAACGCGGUAAAUGGACGAUAACGGCGGGCCAGUUGCUGCUACAUCUUCAGUGUUCCGAGAGAAUCUUGUUCCAGCGGUGGUUGUGUCCGAGGCAAAAGUAAACCAACGAGGAUGAGGUGGACUUGCAUCGUGGAGCUGAAUUUUCUACGCUCGUGUGACUCCCUCUACGACCCGUCGAAUUGCGUGCCGUGUUUUUAAUUUGAUCCAUCGAACGACGAUAACGACCACUACGACCAUAACGAACGAGCAGAAAUUUCAAGACGCAAACGAAUCUAGGAAAAGCAAACGAAUUAUCGAAAGAAAGAAAAUAGCAAGAAGGGGAGGAAGAAGGAGGAAAAGAAGAAGAAGAAGAAGAAGAAGAAGAAGAAGAAAAAGAAGAGAGGCGAGAGAGAAGAAGGAAAAGAGAAGAAAAAAAGGAAAGGAAAGUGAAAGAGAUAUUAAGAUAAAAGCGUGAAGAAAGUGGCGUGUAGAUAAGAAGGAGGGCUCGGAAAGGAGUGUGGAUGAGACCGUCAUGCCCGCUGAGAUCGACACGGGCGGGCCAAGGGUGCUGCACUGUGAUUACCGUGCCGACUGCCCGAUACCAAUCGUAGCGUCAGUUUCCACCGAGUCUUCCUUGUGCGGCGAGAAUAGAGUUGUCGGAACGUUGACGAUCGUACGACGACUUCCGCGGAUCGACGAAAACCAAUCGCUCGAUAGCAAAGCCCUCGAGUCUCGUCGUUGCUUUGGUUUCUCCUUUCGUCGAACCGGCGACGCGUCGUCGUCCAGCCGUUCCGGAUUCCGAGGUUUUCGACGAGCGGAGCCGCGUGAUAUCGCGUUCCACGAUGUUUCCGAUCGUCAUCGGCAGCCGUCGAACGACGCGCUGUCGUGUACGAUUCGACGCGAGAACGUGCAUUAUCGUGAAGAUAGUUUCUAUCCGGUGCAACCGGAAUCGCGACUCGGCGAUGCGAUCGUCGUGGACCGGUCGUCGAUCGACCAAGAGGCGAUAACGGAGACACGAUCGGGACAACGCGAGUAUUCGGUAGAACGCGAAACGAACCGGAGACUCGAUUCGACGAGGCUUCCGCUGCCUUCGAGCAAACGCGAAAACGAUACGGGUCAUAGUCGACAUCGGCAUCGGCAUCGGCACCGAAAUCGCGAACGAGAAGGCGAAGAAGAAGCCAGCCGCUGCUCGAAACGUUGCGGCCUGUCAACCGCGACUCGCAAUUGGCCGCGGUAUCGCCUCGCGAGCCAUGUCCCAAUAGGGAAGUCAGCAGCGCGGUUCUCUAGUCAGUCGAACGACCCUUCGAGAUCGGGCGAUCGCACGAGAUACGAGAAGUUCGUAUCGGUGCCGAGCGCGCUCCCGUCCGUGGCCGAUGAAACGUGGAAGGAAGUGGUGGACGACGCGACGAAUUCCUGGAGUAGCGAGUCGCGCGUCACCAAGGUCGUGGCGAGUACCGAUGGCCAGUGCCGGCAGACCGACUUUCCUUCGUUCGAUCCCCAGGAGUCCUUGACGAGAAGUGACCGUGGAACGAGGAAGAAGAAACGCGUGUGCUCUAACAACCGUUCGACGUACAUUCAGUUAGCGUUACUGUUGUUCCUCGUCGCGUUCGGACAGUGCGGACUUCGUAAAUCAAGUGUGGUUAACUACAGUGCGAAACCGAGUACAACCGGGUUGAGUGUGUUGACGAUUGGUACAGUUAUCAGUGCAGUGAGUGCCGCCCCGGUUGAUUUAAUGGGUGACGCCGGCGUGAGGGCAGAACGAUCGGCCAAUUUGUCGCACAUCACUGGCGCUUCCAGGAAAAUCCAGAUGUACAUCAAGAAUCGGCAUUUGCAGAUCCUGCCAGAUGGCACGGUAAACGGUUCCAACGACGAUACUUCGGAUUACACAAUAUUUCAACGAACGUCUGUAUCCAGGGGUCAACUGAGGAUCCAAGGUGUUGCGACCUGUCUGUACCUGUGCAUGGAUUCCUGUGGUCUUCUGUACGGCUCGCGCGAGUACACGGACGACUGCGUGUUCAACGAGACACUGGAACAGCACAAUUACAACACCUACAGCUCGGCGAAAUGGUCGACAGCAAAGAAAACCUUGUACCUCGGAUUGAACCGUCGUGGCCAGCCGAGGAGGGUACAGGCCAAGGGUCACAAUUUGGGUAGACUGUCCGCCUACGCGCGGGUAUUAACUCAGGUCGCUCCUUCGGAGCGAGUGGAGGCUCUUCAAAGACGGCUGUUGGGAGCUCAACACAACGUUCGUCAUCGGCAUAACAGUCAUCGCGGCGAUUUGAUUCAGCAAUCGCUCUGUCCCACUCUUCCGGUACAGGAAAAGGAUGGCAGAGAUAAAUUCAGGUGUCGCAAGCGAAAAAAGAGAAAGAAGAGGAAGCGAAGGUGCAGGCCAGGCGAGGUGCCGGGUCCACAGUGCCAAAUGGUGGAGGUGAGCGGGAAGGGUGUGGUAGUUUCGGGCAGAAACGAGAGCCUAGCUUCGAACGGGACUUCGUUAGAGUCGAAGAGGUCCUGCGAGGGUGCUGCGAGCGAGGAAGCCUGCCGAAGAGAGGCACUUUCGGUUCCAUCUAAGAAACGGAAGCUACGGGUCGACCAGACGAGAGGAGGAAUAUCGUCGGCUGGCGGCAGGAACAUCACUACGGGCAGAAAGGUGGACGCGAGCAGGAACGUCACCGUGAGCAAAGCGGUCGCUGGAAGUAGGAACGUCACCGCGAGCAACAACGGUGAGAGAAAAGCACCAGCGUCAAACUCAAAAAAAGUAAAAGCUGCUGGCAGCAUGAGUCAAAGUAAAAAGCCCAAUUUGACAGAUGGGAAGAGAAAGAGGAAGAAGGGGCCAGCAGCGGCAACGGCAGCGGCGGCGGCGGCGACGGCGGCGGCGGGGAGGAGGAACUCUACGGUACCUCUGGUCCGGAAGAGAUUCAAGCCUGGCAAAGUGGACACCACGUCUGCGGUGCCCACGACAACUCUCGCAUCGACCUCCGUAACGUCCUCCUCCUCCUGGUCGUCUCCUGGUACGUCAAUCGCCCCUUGAGGGGAGGAAGUCUCGUCUAGGCGCAGGACCAAGCCGUCUUCCUCGUCGAGGAACGUGUCCGUUGGUUCGAAUGCGUCGCAGCUCGAAACAAUCGGCGGUGACCGUGAACGUUCCUGAGAUCGUUUUCGAUCGAUAUUCUCCGAAAUUCGAGCCCGUCUUACCGUGCAACUGUCCCAGACCAUGGAUACCUCGAGAUCGUUGUCCAAAUUCUUACGCUAUGGCCACGACGGACGAGCGUUCCGACCGACUGCCGUUUCCAACGAAUACGUUGGAGCAAUCGAUAUCGCUAGAUAAUCGAGAAGAGGCUGUUCUACGCGUGAACAUAAAUGUUGAAAAUGUAUAAUAAAGCUUCGAAGUAUCGAUUUUCAGCAAAUACGCGGGUUAAAUUUUCAGACUCUAUCUUUUCUUCAAAACGUGGAACGUUUCUUGCGAGCAUAUACGUUUCGAUCAUCGGAUAUUCUAUUUCUCAGAAUGACAAUUCGAACGGAACACGAAUCCAUCGUAACGAUAUCCUUGCCCGUCGACGACGAACACUCGUCUUCGACGACGUUUUCGAACGACUAUUACGCGACUAUUACGAUCGAUAUAUCGAACGUUCGCCAUCUCGAUCGAAGCAACGAUCGAAAUGACAAUCGGCGGCACGUUAGACCGUGCGAGAAGAAUAAGCCGGUGGAAGGAGUCGACGAUGCAUACGACAGCGAAAGGUUCGACACGCCGGAAACUGUAUCUAUAGUUAUACGGUCAAGCUCCGGGGAUCCCACUCGAGAGACUGGCCAUGCGAGGCGGUACACGCGAUCGCCUUGGGCCAGAUUCGACCGCGUUUCGCGGCAAUCAAUGUAAACUUACGUGUACAUAGUAAUCAUGCUACGUUUACGAUUAACAACAUACUCCACAUUUAUGUAUGACGAUUGCGUGCGCAUGAAAUGUUCCCCGCGGAAAACUGUCGGUGUUUCGACCCCGCGAGUGGCUUCCAAUCGAAAGAAAUUCGAGGAUGAAAGGAUGUUCCACUUUUUUUUUUUUUUUUUUUUUCAGAAUAAGUAACAUACUCUGUGGAUGAAUGCUUCGAUCUCUUACGCUUCCAAGUAUCUCUUCUCCGUACGGUAAUCCGACUAAAAGAGUAAUUUUCAAAUUUCUUAACAUUACGCGACGAUUAAAUACUCCGAUGAUAUGUAAAAGAGAGCUUGCGGAAGUGACGAGUUUCGCUUUUCAUUAAUUCCUUUAUUUCGUUACAUACCUAACUACGAUACGUCGUUCGUCGCAACAAGACAAUACGAAUCGAACGAUGGUAAAUUUAGCAAAGACGAUGUAUCAUCCCUUCUCUGUAUUCUUCGAUUUACGGAGUUUAUCGAUGUGUUUCGAGCGGCUCAUGUAUAGAAUCUAUAAAAAUCAACGCUAAGCUUCGUUAACUCGGAUCAGAAGAAAAAUAAAAUCUCAACCUUACACAGUUAACGUGAAAUUCCAUUGGAGAAACACGCCUUGAACGCGAAAGAACCUUCGAAAGACACGUGCCUGUCGAGACAACGUCCCAUUAAGCCGUAUCCCAAUUCGCUUCGAUUCCGAGCUGCUUUCUGCUGAGAAAAAGGCACGCGGUGUCGGAUAAAAGGAAAUUGAAAAGUAGAACGUUCUGUCUGGUGGAUGAUAUGGGAAGAAACAGGCGCGUGUUGGCCGAGAGAGAGACGUAAUUAUCGUACGAGAAGGGAUGUGGUCAUGCGGUGGCAUAAAAUAGCGGCGAGGCUAACGUGUAACGAGCACUAAACUCGAGCUUUAAUCCUCGAAGCACGAUUCUCAGCUGAUCUCGCGAGCAACGGUGCGGCCGCGUUCCGCGAUCCUUCGCGAGUGUAGUCAAUGAUCUAAUUAGGCUGAACGGGCAGCCAUGUACGUGGUUAUUUUCUUAAUGGCGACUCCACGGUCGAUUUCUCUGCUCCUCGUAAUUCCAUGUAAACGUUUUCUACGAUCGGUCGCAUGGAAAUCAAUGAAUUUGUUAAUUCGCCUCGACCAAACCUUGUCUCUGCCGAUACAACUUCCGCUUUCUCUCUAAUAAGCAAAGUCACCGACGAAACACGCCGACUAAUAUGUUUACGCAUUAAUUACAAUAAUGUUAGAUAUUAAUUACGAUAAUCUCUGAAAUGCACGCUCGUUACAGCGACACGCCUCGUACAUGCCGCUUCAUCGGGACUUCACCCCCUGUCUCUCUCUCUCUCUCUCCCUCUCUCUCUCUCUCUCUCUCUCUCCCUCGUCAGAUGUUUUCGUAAUUUUUGCAAUUUUCGCCAUCUUCCAGCGUAUAUUCCAUCGAAUCUCCUCUUGGAUUAUAAGUAAAUCAGCCUACUCGCGUCGAGCCAUGUUAAUAUGCACGCAUCGACUUCUAGGCUUCGUAAAACCGCGUUAAAAUAGGCUUUUGCUUAUCAACCGAAACGAUAUAUUGAUUUUCGAUCGAUGCAUGCUUCGAAUACCGAUGCAUCGAUACCGAUCUACCGCUUGACGAACCAACGCCGAGGUUUCUAACGUGCAUAUCCACGCAGGUAAGAGGCAAGAGAAACCUGAUAUCCCAGGCGCCGCUCUUCUACAGUCCCGCGUAAUACUUUGCCCUGAUUCCAGUACUUUUCUUCGUCUCCUCUUAUCCACGUAAUUCGUUAUAAAAAUCGUACGUUAAAAUUUAGUAAUUGACGGAUAAUGAUAUUUUGGCCCGAGUAACGUGCAGAUAAAUUUCACAGAUCAUGGAGCGCAUAACAGCAGCAAGUUCGAUGAUACAUGAAACGAAUUCGACGAAUUAAUGGUAGCUUAGCGUGCGAGAUAACGGCCAAAAGGAUUAAAAGUACUUUAUAAAUGUAGGAAUGUUAUAUUGUAAGCUUAUAGAAAACAGUAUGAUAAAUACAAUAUCGCAAUAAUACCGCGUUUCGCGUGUUCGUUUCUCGCUAAUUCUACGACGCAACAGCACAACGAAUUUUUCCCUUAACAUACCUUGGUAACGCUCGCAACACUCCUUGACAACAUUAACAUAUCUUGACAACGCUAAUAAACAAUUAUCCCUCACGCCACGUCCUUCCCUGACGUCGCCUGACUAUCCCACAUAAAUGCCUGUGUUACCUUUCUUUCGACGAAAUUUUCCCCGGAAACAUCACCUUUGUUCGGUCAAACUGUACGUAUACCGUAACCUACAUCGGGAAUGCCAGAAGUCGAUACGCGCGUCGUAAGAUGCCUCGCGAGGUAUGUUAAGCCGUUUAAGAGUUUCUCUCUCGUCUCGACUCAUCAACCUGGGAAGUUGCAAGGCACAGUGAAAAGGAAAGACACCUUGAACAUUAUCAACGUCGUCGCGAUUAGCUGCGACAAAAUAAUGACUCGCAAUAAAAGAUGUAACGAUGGUAGUAUUAGGCGAGGAAUACGGGAGAGAAAUCGAUACGCGUGAGAGAUGCAGCAUAGAUGAAACUAGUCGGACGAUCAAUCGAGAGACCGCUGAGAGGAGACUCGAAGAUAAUACAAUCGAGGAAAUUAAGGAGAUGAUAAUUAAGUCAGAAUUGCGUGCGAUCCUCGCAAUAGUUUCGAUUUCGCGGUGCCUUCCUACGCAAGAUAACAUCGACAGACACGUUUUUUCCCUUUCGCGUCGUUUCGAAAGAGAUUCGCGUGUCGCGUUCCUUUUUUUCUCUUUCCUGGAGCGAACGCGUUUGUAAAAAUCGACGCUUUCACGGCGAGACGUGAAAAUGUUCGAUGUUUGUCGCCUCGCUGUAAUCGCGCGUUAAAUCGCUCGUUUGCUGCAACAGCCACGUAACUCAAAAAUCGCGACUCAAAGGGAAUUUAAAGGGUUUGAACGCUUUCAGUCGUUGUAAUUUCGCGAGUCGCGUGAAAUCGACAUAAUAAGAGAGGUGGCGAACUUGUACGAAAAUAUCGUAAUAGUCUCAUUUGGUUAGAUAAAUUCGCAUUUACCUUUAAAAUUAUCUCCACUUACUCCGCGAUGAAGAUGUAUUUAAUAUUGCGUCGUUAUCGCGAAAAAAUACUCUCAACAAGAAGCUAUGUGAUUGCAAUAAUGUCGUAGUAAUACAAGAAUACUCUUUACUUCAACGAGCUUCGAACGAUUAAAAUAGGAGCAAAUGUGAAAACACAACAGCGAUACAAGUAUUCUCGCGUGGUAAAUUUUAGCAGCUCCGCUUACAGGAUUCGAUCCGUAAAAGAUCGAAUUUCUUUUUUCUAUUAACUUAAAAACUGCAAAUUUUUAAGUACGUCGUUGUUACAGCAAAUCGGGGAAAUGUAUUUGAUCGGUGAAAAAAUGAUGUCGGUUUAGCGCAUGCAAGUAUAAAUUAAUUUACGCGUUUCUGUCUUGCGUAAUUACACCCGAUUGUACUCGUCGUUUUGUACGAUUAUUCCACCACUUGGGAAACUUCUCUAUGGCAUCUUUGUAGAAAAAAAAGCCGAGUUCGAUGCAGAAAAUACGAGCUGAAUUUUUUAUUUUUCUUCUAUCCAAAAAAUUUCACAAUGAUCGAAACGGGUGAUAGAGUUCGGACAGUGCUGCGUCUAGAGUUUAAAAAAUGGGGAGGCUAAGAAAGAAUCGCAAAUAGUUGCAUUUACGCGUCUCCGGAUUCGUAUUUACUGCGUGACUAACCGUUCAGUUAAACGAGCAACGUUUCCUGAACGCUGAACAUCGUCGCUCGAAACUAUUUCUCUUAGCGCGACGAAAAACCGACUUUAGAUUGCCAGCAACCCAGCGAAAAGAUAAAUGAGAAUUAUUGGAGGGAAGCGUAUUUCGAUCGCGAACGAUGGAUGUGUUCGAACAAGGCAAUAAUAAUAGUAAACGAAUGUCUAUGUAAUUCCAGGAGGAAGAGCGGUUUUCGAACCAAGUUCUGUGAGGUUUUUAAAGAAGGGCACGAAUAAUUUUGUACGACUCGUGUAAAGAGAUUUAAAGUAUUAAAUGACCGAAAAAGAGAAGUAUUAAAACAUUUAUAGAGAUAUUUACUUGUAAAGUUAACGUUAAGGUAAACCGACCGUUUGUUAUUCUAACAAUGGGCAACAGCCAACUGCCAAAAAUGUCUAAUUCUACGAUAAGAUCGAUCGAUAGACUUAACGAGAAUAGUAAUUAAAAUUGAGCAUCGUGAACGAAACUCGCGUGUCUUCCUAAGUACCGUAAAAGUAAUCGACAAAUUUGAAACUAACGGAGAACGUUUAGCUUUGUAUUGUUCCGAUUAUAAAGAGAAUCUUGUUAAAUAUAAUCGAGUGAAAAUAUAGAAUAUUAUAUCGUGUCUGAGGUACUAGGAUCGAUUACAAUAUUGUGUUCAUUUUUUUUUUUUUCGUUUAUUUUGUAAUUUAAUCCUUGCAAGGAGUACGAUCCGAAGGAUCGUUUUGUAAAUUAUUUAUUGUUCGUUCUAAUCAGAACCGAUAUUGCUGAAAAUUAGCAAUAAUCCUAAAUAUUCGUAGGUACGAACCUCGCAAUUAUACGUGUAGAUCAAGCUUCGCGCUGAAGAAAAUGGCAAUAACAGAAAGAUACUUUCGUUUCGCUUUUUUAUACCAACACUGUGAAUGAACUGCCUUUUAAAUUUAAUGAUAAAAGUAGAGUAAAGAAAAAAAAAAUAGAAAGAAGAAGAACUGGCACGCGCAACUAGAUAUUUUACGAUUCUAAAAAUGUUCGUUGCCUAGAGCUAAUCGUUCUAGCAGAGUUACAAUAUUUUCUACCGUCAAAGAGAGAUAGGGAACCGAUUUAUGAAAGUAUGGAACAGUGAUUGAAACUUAGCAAUAGUCGAUAAGAAAGAAAAAAAAAAAAGGAUAACCAGAAAGAGAUUCUAUCGCCCCUAACGUCUCCUCGAAUCUCGAUUAAACGAGUUUGCGAUAUAUUUACAUAUCGAUAAGGAAAGAGUCCGCCAGAAAUAUCUUGACCUCGCUACGAAUCUUGUAGGAACCACCUAUUAAUCUAGUAGUAUAUUUAUUAAAGACUUAUUUAUUGUAAACAGUUGACUCCGUGUACAUAGGUCUACGAUCAUUACUCAUCAAUCAUGCGCAUCGAUCAUGUGUUCUUCGUAUGUUGUGUCUAGUGUCUAUCCCUCGGGCAUACGAAUUCGUCAAAAAUAAUCGACAAAUCUUUCACCUUCUCCGCCGCCUACUCGUUUUCCGGAAAAUAGUUUUGCGUUCGUAUCGUAGAAAAUCGUUGACAAUGAUGUGGUGAAAACAUUGAGCGUAUAUAAUAGUAUGAUUAUAAUGUAUCUGCUUGAAAAUGUCUGGAACUUCGAAUCGAUAAAUUCGAAAGGUGCUCUUUACCUCGUUAAAUUGUCGAUUGACGCGGCAUAAUGUUUGUAAUAUUUACAAUUGGCAAGAUGUUCUAUAUACGGCAACUACGAUUACAAUAAUAAACGAAAUAUAUACGUAUAUUUCUUGGAAUAUGCGAGUGUACUUACAUCGAUACUACGUUAGUUUGUUAUAAAACUGUAGACUAGAGAAAAUCAAUGUAAUACAUUGUCAGGACGCAAUAAAUGCAAUUUAUGUUUCUAAGAAUACGACCUCUCUGAAUUUUUUUCAAAAUUGAACGACAAAGACAGCACGUGAAUUCUAUGAUAUCGGGGACACGUAACUAAUAUACGUUACACGCUUGAGAUACAACGUUUGACAAAGAUAAGCAAUAAAUAAGACAAAUUUGCGAAUGAUAAUAAAAAUAAGAAAAAUUUAUAGCGUAUAAAGGAGAUGAUAUUCUCUGCUGAAGCAGUUUUUCAUUUAUUUCGUUACACGUGAAAUAGGAAGGAAAGGAUUACACGGAAGAACUUUUGUACUAUAACCGAGCACGAAGUUGCGACGAUCUAGAAAAUGAAAUUUUCUUCUUGAUCCGGGUGCUGGAAGCUUAUCAACUAGGAAGCAGUUUUCCCAAGCGUAGUACCACAGUUACGCAAGCUGCCCGAUAAUAGUCGCUUCCGGCGGAACUGAAAUUGGAUCGCUUCGCUCUUAACGAACAAAGUCAGUUUAAUUUCCAUUUCCAGAUGAUAACGCACACAGUCCUCUUAUAUUUCGGUUUCCUUAAAUUACGGAAACGAAGCGGAGCAAAUACCUUCAUGCUCGGCUUUGGAACGUUCCAAUUAAUUCGAACGGGCGAAUUUAUCUUGACGAAAUAAACUCCAGCUACUCGUAAUUAGCCUACAUUCUCUCAAAUAGCAAUUCUUUUAUCCUGUAAUUUAGUUCUCUAACUUUGUCCGAUCCAAUUUAAUUUUGUCUUGAUAUCGCUCCCUCCUAAAUCUUCUUUUACUUAAAGGACCGUAUAUAAAAUAGCAGGCUUCCUUUUUAGAUUGGUCUCUCCAAAAUGAAAUUUAACGUGAGAAGAAACGAAAAGAAAUUUUCGAGAGGAAACAGAGAUAAGCGUUUUGUUUGGCAAGCGGAAGGAAAAUUUUACGCGAGCAAUUUGAAAUAUCAUUUAAACGUACUUUUAACAAAAUAACAUAAACGAUAGCGAUUAUACUCGCGUGAUAAGCGACAAUAGUUGAGGAUUAACGCAGAAAAUUUGAUUACAUAAAACAAAGAGUAUAGAGGUCGAAACGAAAACACAAUGUUGCGUAUCAUUUAAAUGCGUAUAACCUCGUAAUACUCGAUAAAAGUGAAUUUUUUUCUUAUUUUUUUAAUAUCUUUAAUCGUAGCUUAUCGGUUUCAUAUAAAAAAAAAACAAAGUAGAAAUUUAUUUCAUAACAGAGACCUAUCGAAGAACUCGCAAUUUUUCGCUGCAUCGUGUCACGUUAUACACGAACGCAAGAUAAAACCGAGCACUUUCCGUGUAAAGAAAGAAUAGCACAGACAAUUGAUAUUUUUGGCGAAUUCCGAGCCACCGCAAUUGUAACAAAGUAUGCGUGUUUUAUUCUUUUUCUUGACGAACGAGACAACGAGCGGUUCGUCGGGACUAGAGGUAAAAGACAAUCAUUGUAACGAUACAGCAUGCAUGGACUGUAGGAGUUUCUAACGAAAGACAAUAAAUGAAAGCGACAUUUGUAAAGUGCGAUGCGACGAAGAUUCGACGGAAGAACAAGGGAACGUCUCUGAAAGCAAUUUCGUUUCUGUGCGCGUCAUUAAGAAAAUCCGCGUCACGUGCCGUUUCGAUUCAAGCAAUACGAAUGUGCUACACAUUAUACAUUGUAAUCGUCUGGAAAAUCGCAAUAAAGAGAAGCAAAGGGAAAUACAACGAUAUCUGUAUCGAUAUAAUCGUACUCAUGCCAUACGACGAUCGUUUUUUUCGCGCUUAAUACGUUCGUAUACUCCAUUGCGGAAACAGGCAGUAACGGAGGAAACAGCGUAACGCAGAAAUUUAUUUGUGUCAUUUUGAUUGAAUUUAAAAAGGCAGUAAAGCAUCGGUAGAACGUAUAUCGAUCAAUUCCAUGGAUAUUUUCACUCAUUUAUGCAUUCGAUCGCGAUAAAUAAAUUUAUGCAGGUACGUCGGUUAUCUCGUUGACAAGUUGUACGUUAAUCACGCGCACGAGUGAUAAAAUUUGCGAAAAGUAAAGUCGACAGUUUUGAUUCCAACGAUAAGGAACUCGUAUAACAUUCUGCUCUAAAGAAAAGACAGUAGAAUAUUCCAACUGCGACUGAACGCAGUAAAACCAUGUAAAAACCGAUUAACGUCGAUUUGCCACGAGCUGAUUAUUCGAUAGAUACUGCCUUUUUUACACGAUUGAAUUAUUUAUUUUGACCGAAACGACUGACAAUGCGCACGAAAGAAGGGGUCAGAAAAGCGCAGAAAUUUCAUUAUGAACGAAAGGAAGAGGUAUGGUUAUAGGCAAAAGAGAGCAGGGAGAAAAUCAUAGACGCUUAUUUUUUUUGUAAAUUCUUAUUUUAAGUAUCGUUUUCUGGUCGUGUAAGAUGAUCGUGGACGCUUUAAAAUUUAACGAUAAAAAGAUUAAAAUAAGUAGUUCUUUGUAUGACACGCAGUUCUAUCGAAUUAUAUAAAAACUGCGCGAUCGUUAAUCGUUACUCGUACAGCGAUGAAUUACAGUCGGUAUUCGAGAUUUUACGAUCGUUGGAAGAAUAUUGAUUUUGCCAAAAAUUGCGCGAUGAAUAAAAAUAAGUAUGAAAGAACGGGAAGAGAUAAGGAACACGAAGAGGAUCGAUUUAGGAACGGGUCGACAAUGAAACUGGUCUACCACUGCCGUUUUUACGCUCUUAUCUAAUUCUUAUAGCCUGAAAUUGCUAAGAUUAUAGAAAGGAAAAAAAGGAGAGAAGGCAAAAGAGGAUGAGCGAACGAUUGCUAAAAAGAUCGACAAGAAAGAUAGAAUAAAAGAAUUAACCCUUGCCUCCGGGGUAAAUGUUAGGGCGCGAUGCGACGUUUCGUUCUACUGUUUGAUUAAACCGCCAUUAUCGACGCUAACAUCGAAGAUCCCUUUCCGCUCUUGUCCAGUUUCCUCGUGUAUGUACAAUUUCUUUCUGUUCCUUCCAAGAACAGUGGAAGAAGCAGCUGCGAAAAGAGAGACGGGAGUAUGGAAAUUACUCGGUAUGCUCGUGCUACCUCUUGUGACGCUGAUUCGAUGGAAUAGUUCGACGAAGAAAAAAUGCGUUUAAGAAAUUUAUCUUCUCUCUUGUUCCUUCCGUGGAGAACCCACCAUAUGAUUCGUCGCCAUAUAAUUUUUACAAGUAAUAAAGAAAAUAUUAUCGAA